CGUGACGCGGCCUUAGGAAAAUCGUCCGAAGUUUCUCAAACAGGCAGUUCUCAACUUCGACAACUUCCAUCAAUUAUACGUAUCAACGCCCAUCUCCUUGUUGAUAUAAUAAUUCCCCAGUCAACACUCCAUCAUAACUGGUGGUCUACCACCAUUUAUCGCAUCCUUGCGGCCUGGUCUAUACUGGAAUCGCACUUCUGAUCACUGGAACGUGGACUACCUCCGCCCCACGCCAAUUUGAGAACAAACCGCCCUCCAGGCUAAAUAGACUAUUUUGAUCUUGGACAACUAGGGGGGAAAGAAACAAAUAAAGAUUUUGGCAAGUUUAAUACUUAGGGAUCAUGGUUUUUUGCAAAUGCGCUACUACGAACAGCUACCUGCUUGCAAAAUCAAACAAAUUACAUAACAGUCGGGCAAACCAGGAAUACGUGUGACACCGAAAGGAAUGUACAUGUACGUGUACAUGUACAUGAAUUCAUCUUUCCUUCGGAUUUGUUCACAGUUAUGCGCCAUCAACUAAGGGUGUCAACCAAUCAGUUUGGCUUCUUUAUGCAACUCCCACAUGAUGCAGGGUCCAAGUUCAUCCACACGCUUGUCGACCUGUUUAAAUCCACAUUUCAUUAAAACCCGAUUGCUGGCCCCAUUUAAAGCGUCGGUAACGGCAUGCAGGACCAAGUCAUUCUUAGGCUUUGACAGUGGAUCACUGUUAUUCUCUGGGUGAACUGUGGCAGCAAAUCCCCACCAUACGUCGAUGGCGGCCCGAACGGCUUCGGUUGCAUAUCCUUUCCCCCAGUAGUCGGGAUGUAAGAGGUAUCCAAGUUCGGUCCCGUCGUUUCUUUUGUAGAAGCCAAUACACGCGAUCGCCCGGCUUAAAUUGGAAGCUUCGAACACAGUUAAACCGAGGGCGUCCGGUCGGUUGACCUUAAGCAGAUGUUCCUUGGUGGCAGCGAUGUCGGCGUCAGGGACCCUAGUGCUACUGUUGGAUGUGAGUGUUAUUCUCUAGUUGAUACCCAUUGCACUCGCUUUCUAUAGACCAACAGCGGAUAGGAGUGCGAACUGGGACAAGAGAAGGGCAAUAACAUGUGCUUUGCUAUCUACAAAAGCAUAAUGAUCGGAGUGCAUGGGGAAGGGAAUCGGCGAAAUAUACGGGUAUUGGAGAAAAGCCAAUUUCUUUCGCGAGAGGAGGGGGUUCAUAAGCUCAAGCAAAUGUGCGGUUCAAUGUUACCUCCACUUCAUGACAUCCAUCCGUGAACGGAUAGCAAAUAUAUCGUUUGCAUCCAACUCGGGAACCAAAUGUCUCAUGAACAAUCUCGAUGUUCGGAUUUCGAGUGGGACGUCAGAAAUCGGGGCCGCAUGCUGAGGUUCAGCGGUGGUCGUUGGUUCUGAGCCGUUUUCCAUUUUCGGGCUCAACUAAAAUUCAGACUUUCAAACGCAAUUCGGAAUUGAUUUAUUAUUAUCGAUGGCCAGUUUCACAGUCAGCGGUUGUCCGGCUACCAUGAUCCACCAGUUCUGAAGAUCUCGAACCUUUGCGAGAGAUGAAAUGAGACAGAACAUCGUGGUGGGCGGGGAAGCGCCAAACCGCGAUGAGGAGUGUCGCCAAAUCGACACGAGAUUUCCUUGGCAUGACUCAAGUUGCCAACGGGAUAAGUGUUGAUAUCGUCGCUUCCAGGUCGGAGACUUAUCCGCAUUCGUCCGGUCAAUAUUAAUUCUCGACGUCAGCGAAUGCCGGCGAACAAGUUUUUCCGGAACGGACAUGUCAGGUUGAACAUGGUCCAUGUCAGAUUUAAGCUGCGUCACAAGUUCACAAAAGCUGUUUGAAAGCGCGUCAUUUGUGAGCUUACGGCCGAUAGUUGAUCAGCCCGACCAAGCCUUGGUGUGAUGGCUUGGCAAGGGAUGCCCAAGCUCCGAGCUUGUUGGCGGGCAUCUCAGCCCUGCAAGGUGGCUGAAUGCUUUCCCAACGGUGUCUGAUGCUUCUUGCUGCUGCUAACAGUCAUGGACGCAUCCCCGUGCAACAUCAGCUUGCGUAUCUCAAUGGGUGGAUGAUAAUGGGGAGGGAAUCGUUCGCUUCAUUAAUCUAAAACAUAUUAUUGCUUGCCCACCUUGCUCUCGCUAUAACGAGGUGUGAGGUUGUGACUUUGUUGGUGCAUUAUCAAUUAUUCAGGAACUUCUGGGGCUCCUUGAAUUUUGUCUUCGAGACAUGUCGGGCCUUGUAGCAAACCAAACAGAACCAUCGCCUAGAUUAAUUAACUUCGAGGGACAAGGGGUCCAGAUAAAAACUGCCCCUUCAAAAAACUCCAUGGAAGCUCUAUGAAGGCACGUCAGAGCUACUUGUUAGCGGGCUUAUUCAUACUGGUUUGACUUAUUCAGCCAGGACACAUGCGGCACGAGCCCGGGCAUCUCACAUUUGACGAGCAAGCAAAAACUUAGAUUGACCAAUAAAACGAGUCUAAACCAUCCUAUGACUAGCGAUUUCAAGGUCGACCUUGUUUACGCUAACACCUCAUCUCCUAAUAUUUUGAGCUAUUUUUAUAUUCUUGCUCCAGGGGCUUUCUCGACGGCAUAUAUAUCCCUUCUCUAUUUAAGAGCAUUGGUCCUCACUUCUGACUUCCUCAGUUCCUGGGUAUCAAAUUGAACGACAGAGAUAAAAUAGCCAGCCCUAUUUGUAUACUCCCUUCUUUUUAUUUCAAUUCCUAUUUCCCCGCAAAAGACCCAGAUUGCCAGAGAUGGGAAGAUUUAGCGACUGCACAGAGAUAACUCUGCAAUGCCCUGUUGAGGCGACUAUCUAUGGGUACCAGCCUAAUCCGGUAGUCAACCUGAUAUGCCUUAUUAUCUUUGGGGUACUAUUUUUUGUUGCCGUUUGGCAGACCAUCAAAUACAAGACAUACUCAUUCGGGAUUGCUAUGUCUGUAGGCUGUUUGGGUGAAGCCAUAGGAUAUGGUGGCCGACUCAUGCUCAAUAGAAACCCCUGGGACUCCAUUGGUUUCCAAAUCCAGAUCUGCACUCUCAUCAUCGCACCGUCAUUCUUCACUGCCGCCAUAUACCUCACGCUAAAACAUAUAUGUCUCGCUUUGGGGCCUCAUCUAUCAGUCAUAAAGCCAUGGCUCUAUACGUGGAUAUUUAUCAGCUUCGACGUGCUAUCCCUUACGCUCCAGGGUAUUGGUGGCGGCCUCGCAUCAAGUGGGGAGACCGAAUCAGACAAAGAUAUGGGAGCACAAAUCAUGCUUGCUGGUAUCGUGUGGCAAGUCGUCACAUUGAUUAUUUUCGGUGGUUUGGCAGGGCACUUCUUCUGGCGCCUGCUUGGCGAAGGUGGCCGCCGAAUGACCGUCGAGUCUCAGAAAGUGUGGGGGAACACAAAAUUCAGAAGGUCCCUCAUUGGCUUGGGUAUUUCAUUCUUCAUGAUCUUUGCUCGAUGCACUUAUCGAAUCGCCGAGAUGGUCGGAGGAUGGGCCAAUCAUAUUAUGCAAGACGAAGUCUCAUUUGUGAUUCUAGAAGGAGUUAUGUGCAUAAUCGCUGCCAUUCUUCUUACUGUCUUCCAUCCAGGCACCCACUUCCCUCAAAUGCGAACAGAUUAUCAGAAGAGCGUUGACCAGUUCUCGAUGGUUUCGCGCCAACAAACUGAAGCCGCAUAUGUCGAAGUUGACCGCCAGCCACUCAUCGAUGGUCAAAAUCAAGAUUCGGAAUACCGAGGCGGCCUAGCGCCAGGCGCCAUGGUGCCUCCUGCGCCGUGAGCGGGACAAGAUCGCAGACCGAAUUGCUGUAGGAUAUUGGCUUAACCGACUGAUGGGCUUUAUGACAAAUGGUUUUUCUUUCUAAUUACGGGCAUGAGAUAUGAACGAACAUAAGGAGUUAUUUUCUUUUAUCCUUGAUUGAAUGUCCUAGACUCUGAUAUUUUUUCUCUAUAUCAAUGCUGUGGUAGAGCGAAAUCACAUGUUUUCCCUCAAAUUUACUAACCAAAACCUAUUUCAUUCCGGUGGGAUUAUAAAUGUGAUAUGUUGAAAGAAAACAAGCUACACGAAUCAGUUACUUAGAAAGGAAUGAGGACAAAGGUAAAUUGUUAGAAGAAAAUAUAUCACCCUAUAUUGCGCCAUCGCUCGUCUAUCAUGAGAUGAGAGAAGUGCGUUAAAACAAAAAUCGAAAAAAUUUCGGCUCCAUAGUUCUCGUAUCAUUCGUUGUAUAUCGUUCAUUAUCGUCAUUAUCGUUGGUCAUGAGUUGUGAUACCUGGGGUAGGGUGUGAGGCCCCAAGUGUGAGAAACAGUCGUGUUCAUCUUCCAAUCUCAGAAGAAAACCAAAAUAAAAACAUAAAACUCCAAAGUAUGAAAUAUGCAACUCUAAAUCCACCUCCAUCACACCUUGUUCGAUACUGGAAAGUCAGAAGGGGUAUCCAUGUAACUUCGAAAUAAGUAUCACACAACCCCAGAACCAUCGUCCAGUGUGACGAACAUCUCGACUUGGCCGACUCUCCGCAGCCGAUCAAUCCCAAGAUGUUCCUGCCCGUCACGGCCAUGGUACAAGCCAAACGCAUAUAGCGCUUUUUCGCCCUCCCCAGGUGGCGC